AUGGCGGAGUGGCGCACGUCGACCCACUGCAGCCGUUGGAUCUUCAGCGCCGCUGAGCUGGCGACGAUGCGCGCCAAGAACAACCAGAGGGCCGUCGAUGCCAUUCAAAAGCACGGCCACAGCAGAGUGGAACCGUCGGCCAAUCCCGCCCUGGUUGAUUCCAGGGGCCAAUCAGACGCCGCCACGUCAGCUGACGGCCACACCACAGCAGCAGCAGCGGGAAGAGGGGCGGACGGGGAAGGCAAUCAGGGGGUAGGGCAGGCGGAAGCAGGAGAAGGAAGGACAGGGGAAAGUGGAGGAGGGAGCAAUGGGGGGGAAGGGGCAAAUGGGGCGGGUGGGGAGGUGCCGCGGCCGAAGGCGUUGAGUGAGGAGGAGGAGAGGGUGAUGUGUCGGUACUACGAGGGCAAGAUCCAAGAAGUGUGCGCCGCCUUCCGCUUCCCCUACAAGAUCUACUCCACCUCACUACAGUACUUCAAGCGCUUCUUCCUCAUGUGCUCUGUCAUGGAGCACGAUCCCAAAAGCAUCAUGCUAACAGCCAUCUACAUAGCGUGCAAGGUGGACGAGGUGCAUGUAUCAGCGGAGGAGUUUGGGAGGGGCAUAGGGCAGGACCCGCAGGUGGUGCUGGGCUGCGAGGUGCACGUGCUGCAGACGCUCAAGUUCGACCUCAUCUGUUAUGGGCCUUACCGGGCGAUCGACGGCUUCCUGCUGCAGCUGGAGCAGCUGCUAGGGGAGCCAUUCGCGUCUCAGCCUGAGGAUGUGAAGACGCGAACCAUCCAGGCCCUUACACAUGGGGCAUACGCAGCAGUGGGAUCGAUAUUCCUCACAGAUGCACCGCUGCUCUUCCCUCCAGGGCAGCUGGCGCUAGCAGCCAUGAAGCUCGCCAACAACGCCUCCUCCACCAUCCCCAACUUCCAAAGUUUUCUUGACUCGGUGGUAGCUGCAUCGCCCCCUGCCAAGGCAGCACCAGGGAAGGUGCUAGGGUCAGGGCAGGGGCAUGUGGGGGCGGAGCUGCUGGCUGCUGUGAAGGCAGUAGAGACCAUGGUGAAGGCGUCUGGGCCGCUACCAGCAGCAGAUGUGGUGAAGCGUAUCGACAGGAAGCUCAAGUACUGCCGCAACCCCUCCCUCAUGCUGCACGAUCGCAAGGAGCGCAAGGAGAGGAGCAAGUCCAAGCGGGCACGCUUCUCACUUCCAUACUCCUCUGCCUCGCUCUCUCCGCUCUCACUCUUUCCCCCUUCCACUUUCCCCAACACCCUGCAUGCCCAUCAGUCGCAAGGAGCGCAAGGAGUGGAGCAAGUCCAAGCGGGCAUCACACAGCGUUGCCCUCACUGCCUCCCCACUUUCCCCCACUCUUCCUCACCUCCUCUCUCCCUCUCUUCGUCCCCCCCUGCACCCCCCUCUGCAUAUCCCCACCAGUCGAAAGGAGCGCAAGGAGAGGAGCAAGUCCAAGCGGGCGUCUCACAGCGUUGCCCUCACUGCCGCCCCGCCUAG